GCAAAAGCUAAGUUGCUUUUUUUGUUGUUAUUAUUCUGUGUUUUUGUUUUGGUAGAGAUACUAAUUUGGUGAAAAGGGAGCAUGACCUUGCAAAAGUUGCACUAUGAUUUUAUCUAUUGGGAACAGCUUAUUUUACAAAUUCACUUUGAAUAUUUGGCCAGAUUCCUUUUAGUUGUUUGAAGAGAGUCCAAUACGGAUUUAUCUUAGGGGACACUUACUUGAUUAGUUACACUUCCGACCAUUUGGCCUAAUCACUUUCUUUUUGUUCUUUACGUGGAUAAAUUUUCGGAAAAAACAGUGCUUUUUUACAUGUUAGCUGCUCUUAAUGGCCGUGUAGGUUCUUUGAUCAUGUUGUUUAGUCAUAUAUCUCUCUCUACUUUUCUGCAGAAUUGAAUGCUUUAUAUAUAGGUCUGGUGGGAACAUGGGGAAGUGACUUUUCUUUAUAUGUUGCCAACUUUUUGAGAACUAAUUUAGUAAGACGAUGUACUGCACUGGGAAAGACUAUGACCUUGGGGCAGAAGGGGAUCUUUUUAAAGCUCCGGUACCGAUAAUUGAGCAACAAAUGGUAGGCCUUGACCCAGUGAUGGCUUCCAUGUCAAUGAUUGUUAGUGGAGGACAUGUAGGCUCUAAUCAAGCCCAGAAUGUUGCUGAUAUUGAAUUAAUGCAGAAUGAGCAACUUCUAAGUGAGGUUUUUUGUGAGUUCAAGAAGGAUCUUUUGGCUAAUGAAGCUACUGGAACACCAGUUUCAAGUGACCUGCAAAUCCAGAUUCCCUUUGCAACAGAUGAAAACCCUUCAAUUGAAGAGGAAAAAGUGCUUUUACAUGGUAGUUUACUGAAAAGUACUAGCGCAGAGUGUUUAGGCUCAUCCGAGUGGACCCACAAAAAUUUGGUGAGGCCUAACAUUCUGGAUAAUCGUGGGAUAGACUUUGGGAUCACUUAUGGAAUGCGAAGAUCAUUCAGUGAGGGAGACAUUAAGACUAUCGGUUAUGAUGGUGCAACUGUUGUCAAAUCACCUCUUGCACAGCCGCAAAUUGCACUUAGUGGCAUCACCGAAGUUCGCAACGAAAAGCUUAUGAGAUACAGAGCUAAGAGGACAAAAAGAAACUUUGGCAGGAAAAUCAAGUAUGCUUGCAGGAAGGCUCUAGCUGACAGCCAGCCAAGGGUCCGUGGGCGGUUUGCAAAGACUGAGGAAAUUGACGGUUCAAAAAAGUAAUGACUCCUCAGUUUAGCAAGAAGAAAAAUUAGGAUGACGUAGAUCAGCCCUGUAAGGCAAUACCGGAAUUCAGCAGUACUAUUAAGCUUUGUAACCUUUGCACGAGCUUAGAGUAGAUGAGGUGAUGUUUAAUAAGCUGAAGUCCAACACCUGCAAACUAAUAGCUGUCCUCUAGAGAUCCAAGUGUUAAAUUCAGUUGACUGUAUAUAAGUGGUGUUGAAAUAAUAUGGUUCCAUUCCCUGUGUAGUUAAGUAGCGCUGUUAUGAAAUGCAUAAUAUGUCCCAGUGAUCUCGUUUUUUUC